CUCCCUCCGCAGGGUCUCCAGGCCACGUCCCCGCGGCCCCGGCAGCCACAGCAGCACCUGAAUCCCGCUCCUGGCUCAACCGCGCCGGGGGAAGGCUGGCUUUUGCGGAUUAGCAUGGGAGAAGCCUUCCCUGGGCAUGGGCAGCGCUAAGGAGCCCGAGGGCUUGCAGCUGCUGAGCCGUGAGGCCGAGGACGCCUGCGAGCCCGGCGCCGGCUCCCCGGGCUGCCCGUCAGUGGGCGAGCGCCUGCCCAGCUCCGGCUGCGCCGCGGGUGGCCGUGCCAUGAGGAACUGCUGCGGGGCUGAGCCCGAGGCCCCGGGCCCGGCGGAGAAGGCGCCGGUGCCAACAGGACCGGCUCCCGGUGCGCUCGGGAGCGCAGCGGUGGCGGCGAGCUGCGGGGCACCCAUCGGCACUGCCCCUGCCUGCGGUCCUGCAGGCCCUGGCACCCCGAAGGAGAAAGCUGCCCCCGUGCCCCCCCUGCCCGAGCCCUGCCUCAAGGCGCCCAGCAAGGACGCGGGGAGCGUGCCGGCUCCGGCCAAGCACGUGGCGUUCCGGGAGCCGGCCACAGGAGCACCGGGGACCGGCAGCCCCCUGAUGCCGAGCCAGGAGCAGCCCCAGGGCGGCACAGACACGUCCCCGGGCGCUGACCCCCAGGCGGGGGGCGCUGAGGCUCCCAAGCCCCCCCAGGGAGGCACGGCCGCUCCUCCCAGCGGGGGUCAGGGCAGUGCUGAGGGGAGCGCGGACGCCAAGAGCAGCCAGCAGCCCCGGACAGCCAAGCUGCUGUGCGAAUCCUACUCGUUCGAGGUGACCCCGCCUCAGGAUGCCGGGACGCAGGACAUGGGGACGCAAGUGGACAGCCGAGCGUCCCUGGUGUCGGUGGCCCUGAGCCCCAUGAGCCCCCCGGACGGGGCUGCCGCCUUCACCUUCCCCAAGAGAGAGCCGGGCUCCGCCGCCGCCCCGCACCCGGGGGCAGCGCCCUCCAAGAAGGACGCGGAGAUGCAGGUGUCCAUGCCCGUGGAGACCCGCUCGGUGGCCACCGGGCCCAUGACGCCGGUGGCCAAGUCCCCGCAGGCCUCGUACCCCGAGGUGCACGUGAAGGGGGUGGUGGAGGAGGCUCCGGAGCCCAUCCGGGAGGUGAGCUGGGACGAGAAGGGGAUGACGUGGGAGGUGUACGGGGCCUCCAUGGAGGUGGAGGUGCUGGGCAUGGCCAUCCAGAAGCACCUGGAGAAGCAGAUCGAGGAGCACGGGCGGCAGGUGGUGAUGACCCCGCAGAGCACCCGCGCCAGCUCCGUCAAGGGAGCCCCCCGCAAAGGCGAGGCGAAGAGGCAGCCCAGCGUCUUUCGGGCUCUGCUGCAAAACGUCCGGAGGCCCCGGUGCUGCUCCCGCGCCGGCCCUGCCAUGGAGUGAGCCGCUGCCCGCUCCGGCAGGACGGGGGGGACCCGGGGAGGGGGCCCUGCCCCGCUGUCCCGAGACGCCUGCUGCCAGCGUGCAGGGCUCCCGGGGCGGGUGGCGAUGGAGCGCUGCAGGCGGGGACGAGGCAUCUCCUUCACCGGGGGUCCCCCCACCAGCGGUGCCCGAGGACACGAUGCUGGUGGCACCUCUUGGAUGUGGCAGGGGCUCGCAGCGGGACACGGGCAGGUCGCUGCCGGCUCCCCCCAGCUCCAGCCCCGCACUGCAGGCAGCAGCGUCGCUGCCCGUGCUGGAGACGCUGCUGCAUCGCGGUGCCACCUGCCCCUGGCCGUGCCCACCCCACAAAAUGGAUUUGCUGGAGGGAGCGUGGGGCCAGCCACAUCUGAGACACAGAGCCCGUGUGCUCGGGGCCAUCGGCUGCUUGUCCCCGUCACUGUGGCUGGAGGCACUCGAGGCUGCCCCCAUGGCCCCCAGCCCUCCUUGGCUGCAUGGGAGCACGGGGCACAUCCUUGUCCCCGUCACAGCUGGCAGUGGGGACGGAGCUCGCACUGAUGCCGUGUCCGUCCUGCCUGCCCAGCCCCGCUGCCACAAGCAGGACCCCGGUGGGUGCCCGAGACACCGUGGGUGCGUGGCCCUGUGCGGGUCCCCAGGCCCCCUCGCUGCUCUCCUGGCCAGCAGCCGGGGCCGCGCCGGCUGCAAA